AUGGCUCCUUUCGCGCCAAAAGCGCCUGCGUUCCCGCUGGUGGCGGCGUCGAAUCGGCUGCCGCUGACUGAGCGGCGCGGCGACCCGGAGAAGCGCGACGUUGACGGCCGCCCGCUGCAGAGCGCGAUUGAGCCCGUUCACCCGCUCUCCGUCCCGCCUCUCGCGCACGUGCCGCGCCGCAGGCCGCGAGCCUUCCACGCGCGCCACGGAGAUCGCGGCAUCGUUUGGACAAACGAAGGCGACCAGCUGCCGACGCUCCUCCUGCCCGCUCCGAUGCCUUCGGCGUCGCCCUGCACUGAGAAGCGAGCAUGCAUGAGCUGCUGGGGUCGCCAGGGGACGCUUUACUGCGCGGAGUGCAGCAAGUUCCUCUGCGGCGUAUGCGCGGUCAAGACGCACGCGACUGGGGACUUCCGCAACCAUGUGAUAAACACAGCCUCGAAGGCCGGCGUCUUCGAACUCCAGGCGACGCGCGCGGAGGAGAAGGGCGCCGCCGUGGCGGCAGACGAAUUUGAUCUGGAUAUUAAGAGCGACGCCUGGGAGCCCCUCAAGCAGCCGGCACCCUGCACGAAGCACCCCAACGAGCCUCUGGCGCUCGCGUGCGUCACCUGCCGGUAUCUUCCUCUCUGCGUCAAAUGCGUGGAGAGCCCGGCUCACAGACAACACGAAAUCGUCAGUCUCCGCGAGGCAGUCCCCGUCGUCAGGAAAAUGCUCACUAAUCAGUACUCGGAGCUAGCCCGCCAACUCGCGUCGUUGCAGACAGUCAGCGUCUCGCUUCACCGCGCAAAGAGACGAGCGAAGGACGUCCUCGACACGAGCUUGCAGAAGAUGGAAGAGGCCUUUGAGGGGGUUUACCGAACGAUUGACAUGCACGUGGACGGCGUCCAGCGACAGAUUCAGCAGCUGCAGCGGCAGGGCGCCGACAAGCUCCGAUUCGUCGACGCGCAGUGCGAGACGUUUCGGCGGUACCUGGUCGCGAAGGGCAGCCAAGUCGAGCUGCUGAAGGAGCUCGGGAACCGAAACGAAGCGGCUGCGCUGAACGCGUUUGUGAGUCUGAAGUCGACUUUCGACGCACUCGACGGUCAGGAUGAUCACCUCGAAGACAUGCAAGAGAAGUUGACCGUUGCUUGGUGGCGCCUGCGGCCGAGCAACGCGGACGAACUUCUCAAAGAUGCGGACAAGGCGGUCGUCGAGUCCUCUGAGCACUUCACGAUGCUUUGCCACGAUCUGUCUGAGCUCGUGGACGCGUUCCGCGGCGGUGCGGCGCCGCUGCAGGGCUGGCCGGCCGACUUUGUCGCUGCGGAGGAGGAGGAGGAAGACCUCCAGGCGCUUCUCGAGCGGGAUGCGAAAAACGCGCCGGUCAUCUACAAGGGCGGACGCGUCCCCUACCGCGACUACUUCCUCGAGAAAGCGCCGACGCACUUCCAAGCGUUCCUGCGAAAGGACGCGCUGCACCCGGAGUGGGCGAUUCGCAUGGUGUCGCUGCGCGGUCACUACUUGUGCGUCCACGCGAGUGCGACGGACGAGAACUCGGAGCUGGAGAGUGCGAUGUUGCUGUCUACCGCGGUGUUUUGUCGCGCCUUCUCGGACCCGAGCGUGACGGCGAUUGCGGCAAUCGCGCGACAAGACUUCCCCUUCGGCGUGGAGGUCGUGGAGGUCGAUGGCACCACGGGUGAGCUCGAGGGGUACCUGCUGCUCGCGUGCGAAGGCCAGGAGCUCGUCAGCGAGUGGGUCGAGGCGCUGCAGGAGGCCUGCCGACAGAAAUUCGACGUGAACGACGUGCCGAAUCUGCCGCCCGCACCCCCGGGCGCCGCGCUCGCGACCUUCGGCGAGGCCGUGAUGCCCACGGGCGAGAUGCGCUUCGGCGUGUACCACAACUUGAUGGCUGCUGGCGUUCCUGUCCGCGCGGUGCUUCGCGACAAGAAACCGACGCGUGGCGUCGAGGAACAGGAGAAGGAGCAAGGGCAGGUCAGCGAAGAGGAGGACGUCGCGAGCAGGUGGAGCGGGGUCUCCGACUCGAGCGACUCCUCCGGCUCUUACGCCUCGUCCUCCUCGCGCUCCUCGUCCCACUCCGAGUCCGACGCCUCCUCCCGCCGAGGCUCCAGGCGCUCGCGCCGCCGCGCCCUCUCUUUGCGGGCCUCCAGUUCGAGUCCCUCGACCACCGAUCGCAGCGACGGCAAGGCGCGCGGGCGCCGACGCCGCGAGGUCCGAAAGGGCAAGAAGCAUCUCGGCAGGGACUCCCCGCGAAGCCGCGCGGUGGAGAGCUCCGCCGACUCCUCAGACCAGCCGCUGUUCGCGAAGCUGCGCAUGCGCCACGUCGCGAACGCCCCCCGCUCGCGCCUCGACGUGCCCGCGGGGCGUGUGGAGAGCGAGAGCGAGAGCGAGAGCGAGAGCGACAACAUGCUGAUUCGGCCUUCGCAGGUGAAAGAGCGCGGCGGCUGGUUCAAGGCGAAAGACGCCAGAAAAAAACACAAGCACGGCAGGCCCGCGAGCAACGCGGCAUCCGACAACGACAAACGCACCUACCAGAAGAAGACGAUCCCCGCCGUACGCAGCGCCUCCUCGCAGAACCCUCCCCUGGUCUCCGCGGAGACCGCCACGGGGCAGGAGACCCCCGAACUCGGCACCACAACCACCGUCGAGAUCUCCGCACCCAUGGCCGCGGUCGCCCCAGUGGAGCCGCAAGACGCGCCCCCCGCCGCGGCGGAGCCCGACGCGGCGUCGGUGGAUCCGGGCGCAGGCGCGGGCGCGGGCGCAGAUGCGGCGGCAGCUGGCGACUUCCAGGGCGUCUUUCAGCGGUGCUUUCAGUUUGCCACGAAGCUGAUGCCCGAGGCGCUCCAUCGCCACUCGCCUCCGCUUCUCUCUGCGGAGCGGGGGGAGAGCGCCUACGCGUGGGACGGCAAGCGGCGGUUCUCGGGGUCGGUCUUCUCCCGGCUGCCUUCGUCCUCCCGGCUGCCUUCGUCCUCCCGGCUGCCUUCGUCCUCCCGGCUCGCCUCUGCGCACGCCGAGGGUCAGGCGCUGCUGGAUGAGCUGGUGCGGCGCCUGCAGAAAGCGGAGCCUCAAGCAGCGCCUAGCCGCGCGGCGUCGGUCGACGCAGCGCGCGAAGAAACAGCGGCCUGGAGAGAGUUUGCCGCCGCGAGGCCUGCGGGCGCGUGGCGGGGGUCAACCGGGGGGUGUGAGACGGUGGCGAAACUGGUCGCGGAGCGACGCGCAUUGACUGUUGAAGAAGGGGAGGAAGCCGCAGCAGAGGCGCUCCGCGACGCGAGAGCGUGGGAAGGAGGCGAGCAAGCCAAAGAGGACAAUUGGCAAGUGGAGGCGCUCCGGAGACGCUACGCGCAGCUCCAGAUUCCGUCUGCGUGGGCGCGGCCAGCGCCUGUGGAGGAGGCCCGCGAGAGGUCUUCGGCGACGUCUGUCGGCGAGAGGCUGCAGGAUCGAGAACUCUUCUUUGCGCACCCUGCGCGGAACCGCGUCAACGUGCCCGAGGCGCAGCACUCGCGCAGCCCGCAGGACUCGCGCGCCUCGACGACCCGCGAGCCUCGCGUGGCGCCUCCGCGCAGAGGAGAGGCGGAGGCUGCGGCGCCGCAGGACCGGCAUAUGCGGCGAACCUUCUCGCACAUCCACGCAGCGGCCGCCGCGAGCGUCCGCAGCCCCGAGUCGCGCGUGCGCCGGCGGGCGAGCGAGCGCCCGCAGGGGACGUCUUCUUCUUCCGGGCUGCUGAUUCGCCUGCCGCCCGCCUCCGCCUUGCCGAAAUUCGUCCACGCCGGCGCGCCCGCGGGGGGCUCCGUCGCCGGUUUUCUCUUCGGUGGAGAGAGCAGAAAAGAGGACGAGGAAGAAGAGGAGGAAGAGGAAGACGAGGAGGUGGAAAACGAAGAGAGAGAAGCAGACAAGCGGGAGGCGGAGGAAGAAGCAGAAGAGGGAGAGGAAGCGGAUGAGAAGCCGCGAGGUCGGACUGCAGGACAGCCAUCCACCCGGGGCAGGCCGCUGAAGCCCGUCGUGCGGAAGGUUUCUUCCUCCGGCGCUUCGAGCUCUUCUUCGCACGCCGGUGCGCGCGUCGUGCAGUUUGUGGAUCCCCAGACGCAUCAGGUGCGUCUUCUCAAAGCUCCGCCUCGCAGGCCGCCGCCGAAGCCACCUCUCUCUUCUGUCUCGUCGCCCUCGCCUCCGCCUGCCGAGGGGGGCAGCCAGGCGAGCGAGGAGGUCGCCGUGAGCCCGCGGACGGUCACGCGCAUGCUCACUCAGAUCGGCUCGCGGAAAAUCGGCUGA